CCAUCCCCAUCCAGGACAUCUCUGUUGAAGAGACCUCUGCCAAGGAGGGUCUGCUGCUGUGGUGCCAGAGGAAGACUGCCCCCUACAGGAACGUCAAUGUGCAGAACUUCCACAUCAGUUGGAAGGACGGCCUGGCUCUGUGCGCCCUCAUCCACAGACACAGACCUGACCUCAUCGACUACUCUAAACUGAGAAAGGAUGACCCUAUUGGAAACCUGAACACUGCUUUCGAGGUGGCUGAGAAGUUCCUGGACAUCCCCAAGAUGCUUGACGCUGAAGAUAUUGUGAACACACCCAAACCUGAUGAGAAGGCCAUCAUGACCUACGUGUCCUGCUUCUACCACGCCUUCGCUGGCGCUGAGCAGGCUGAGACAGCUGCCAACCGUAUCUGCAAGGUGCUGGCCGUCAACCAGGAGAAUGAGAAACUGAUGGAGGAGUACGAGAAGCUGGCCAGUGAGCUGCUGGAGUGGAUCCGCCGCACCAUCCCCUGGCUGGAGAACCGCGUGGCGGAGCAGACCAUGCGCGCCAUGCAGCAGAAGCUGGAGGAUUUCCGUGACUACCGCCGCAUCCACAAGCCGCCCCGUGUGCAGGAAAAAUGCCAGCUGGAGAUCAACUUCAACACCCUGCAGACCAAGCUGAGGCUUAGCAACAGGCCCGCCUUCAUGCCAUCCGAGGGCAAGAUGGUUUCGGAUAUUGCCAAUGCCUGGAAGGGUCUGGAGGGGGUGGAGAAGGGCUACGAGGAGUGGCUGCUGACCGAGAUCCGCCGCCUGGAGAGACUUGAUCACCUGGCUGAGAAGUUCAAGCAGAAGUGCUCUAUGCAUGAGUCCUGGACUGGAGGUAAGGAGGAACUGCUGUCCCAGAAGGACUACGAGUCGGCCUCUUUGAUGGAGAUCAGAGCCCUGAUGAGGAAGCACGAGGCGUUCGAGAGCGACCUCGCUGCUCACCAGGACAGAGUGGAGCAGAUCGCUGCCAUCGCCCAGGAGCUGAAUGAGCUGGACUACCAUGAUGCAGCUACAGUCAACGCCCGCUGCCAGGGCAUCUGUGACCAGUGGGACAAUUUGGGCACCCUCACCCAGAAGAGGAGGGACUCACUGGAGCGUGUGGAGAAGCUGUGGGAGACCAUUGACCAGCUGUACCUGGAGUUUGCCAAGAGGGCGGCGCCCUUCAACAACUGGAUGGACGGAGCCAUGGAGGACCUGCAGGACAUGUUCAUUGUCCACAGCAUUGAGGAGAUCCAGAGUCUGAUCACCGCUCACGACCAGUUCAAGGCCACUCUGCCCGAGGCCGACAAGGAGCGCAUGGCCACCAUGGGCAUCCACAACGAGAUCCUGAAGAUCGCCCAGACGUACGGCAUCAAGCUUUCCGGAAUCAACCCUUACACCAACCUCUCCCCCCAGGACAUCAGCACUAAGUGGGACACUGUGAAGCACCUCGUUCCCCUCAGAGACCAAAUGCUCCAGGAGGAGGUGGCCAGACAGCAGGCCAACGAGAGACUGAGGCGCCAGUUUGCCGCCCAGGCCAACAUCAUCGGACCCUGGAUUCAAACCAAGAUGGAGGAGAUCAGCCAUGUGUCUGUGGACAUCGCCGGCUCCCUGGAGGAACAAAUGAACAGCCUGAAGCAGUACGAGCACAACAUCAUCAACUACAAAUCCAACAUGGACAAGCUGGAGGGAGACCACCAGCUCAGCCAGGAGUCCCUCAUCUUCGACAACAAGCACACCAACUACACCAUGGAGCAUGUGCGUGUGGGCUGGGAGCAGCUGCUCACCACCAUCGCCAGAACCAUCAACGAGGUGGAGAACCAGAUCCUGACCCGCGACGCCAAGGGCAUCAGCCAGGAACAGCUCAACGAGUUCAGAGCCUCCUUCAACCACUUCGACAGGAAGAGAAACGGCAUGAUGGACCCAGACGACUUCCGCGCCUGCCUCAUCUCCAUGGGCUACGAUCUGGGUGAGGUGGAGUUUGCUCGCAUCAUGACCCUGGUGGACCCCAACAACACGGGCGUGGUGACCUUCCAGGCCUUCAUCGACUUCAUGACCCGCGAGACCGCCGAGACCGACACUGCAGAACAGGUCAUGGCCUCCUUCAAGAUUCUGGCUUCAGACAAGAAUUACAUCACAAUGGAUGAGCUGCGCAGAGAGCUGCCACCUGAGCAGGCCGAGUACUGCAUCAGCCGCAUGACCAGGUACAUCGGAGCCGAUGGCCCCUCCGGCGCCCUGGACUACAUCUCCUUCUCCAGCGCCCUCUACGGGGAGAGCGACUUAUAA